CUCUCUCGGCGCUUUCACUCUCUGCAUCUCCCAGGUACUAUGGUACUUCCACCUCUGUUGCUAUGUCUCCCAUUGAUCUGUUCUCUUGCACUCCACGCAAUUCUUCUUCUUCUUCUUCUUCUUCUUCUUCACUUGUCCGAUCUUUCUUUUUAUCUUUUUCCGAUUCUGUUCUGUUUGUGGGUUCUGGCCUGGGUGGGGUACCCUUCCGGCUCCUUUAUGUGCAAAUUUAUGCUUGCAUUUAUCUGGGUUUCGGCUUAAAUCAUUAGGAAUUUGAAUUGUCGGCUGUGUUUAUUUGCUACUGCUGCCUAUUUAGUUUUUGGGAAUCGAAUGGAAUUGUGGGUUUAAUGGAUUUGCAUUUGAAAGCUGCUGGGUAUAUGAGAAUUGGGUAGUGUUGGGGUUGGUCAAGUUGGGCGAUUUGGGAACAUUUGGGAUUCCCUUUUUCUCUGUUGUACAUUUGAGAUGAUUGGGAGGAAAAACAUGGGCCGUGCGUCCCCAUUGCUUUUGGUUAUUUUGUCAUUGGGGUUUUUCUUUGCAACCUAUAAUUUGUUGACUAUGAUAAUGCACAACAAAGCAAUUGGUUCUGGGAGUUGGGCGGCCGAUGGUGUGGAAAUGUUUGAUGAGUUUCUUCGAAAAUCUGAAAAGGAGAGUGUAGGGAAUUUAAGAUUCCAUGUUGUCGUUACGGCGACUGAUGCUCCUUAUAGCAAAUGGCAAUGCCGCAUUAUGUACUACUGGUAUAAAAAGUUUAAAAGCACGGCUGGAUCAGACAUGGGAGGCUUUACUCGGGUUUUGCAUUCAGGAAAUCCUGACAAUUUGAUGGAGGAGAUUCCCACAAUUGUUGUUGAUCCUCUUCCAGAUGGGCUUGAUCGGGGUUACAUUGUCUUAAAUAGACCAUGGGCAUUUGUGCAGUGGCUGGAAAGAGUGACCAUUGAUGAAGAAUACAUUCUAAUGGCAGAGCCUGACCACAUAUUUGUAAAUCCUCUCCCUAACUUCGCACGUGGAGAUUAUCCGGCAGCAUACCCAUUUUUCUACAUUAAACCUGCUGAAAACGAAAAAAUUAUAAGAAAGUUUUAUCCUGAGGAGAAUGGUCCUGUGACAAAUGUUGAUCCAAUUGGCAAUUCUCCUGUGAUAAUUAGUAAGCCCCUGCUGGAGAAAAUUGCACCGACAUGGAUGAAUGUUUCAUUGAGAAUGAAGGAUGACCCUGAGACAGAUAAAGCUUUUGGAUGGGUGCUAGAAAUGUAUGCAUAUGCGAUAGCAUCUGCAUUGCAUGGCGUGAAACAUAUUCUUCGUAAAGACUUUAUGCUACAGCCACCAUGGGAUUUGGAAACUGGGAAAAAGUUUAUACUCCACUACACUUACGGAUGUGAUUACAAUUUGGAGGGAAAGCUGACCUAUGGAAGGAUUGGGGAAUGGCGUUUUGACAAGAGAUCAUAUCUCAGUGGUCCUCCACCAAGGAACCUCUCCUUACCUCCUCCAGGUGUUCCUGAAAGUGUGGUACGACUUGUAAAGAUGGUGAAUGAGGCUUCUGCUAAUAUUCCAGGAUGGGACACCGAGCAAGUAGUGGCAUGAUGACCACCUUGUGAAUCUCUAUUUUGAUCAUUGAUCCCAGUGGCUUCCAGGGAAGAUCCACGAAUAUCAAGCACGGGUAACAUUAGCAUAGUUCAAAUGAGAAAUGCAGUGCCUUCACUUGGCCAGUCAUAAAAUAUCUUCUUUUUUUGUGUUUGUUUCUGUCUGUCCGAAAUCAAACCGCGAGACUGUAAAUUCUUUUGUAAACGUAUAGACUACAUUUUUAAAUAUAUAGUUGAAUUUUUUGCUUGCUCAA